CCGCGUUGAGUGUUGCGAACGCCAACCAAUCAGCAUACGUCCUCGCAAGUCCGUCCUGAGGCCGACUCUGAUUGGAUAACUGGUGGCAGGGGCGGCAACCCUAGACUGUUGAAAAACACGGUUUGCACGAGUACGGAUGUCACAGCCCUAGUAAGGGCGGAAGUGGUGGGACCCAGGUGGGGACCUCUAGUCUGAGCUGCCGCCCUCGCUGGGUUGCAGCUAUGGAACUCAGCGCCGACUACCUCCGCCAGAAGCUGAAGCGGGACCUGGAGGCGGAGCACGUGGAGGUGGAGGACACGACUCCCAACCGUUGCGCGACCAGUUUCCGAGUCCUGGUGGUGUCGGCUAAGUUCGAAGGGAAACCACUGCUUCAGAGACACCGGCUGGUGAAUGAGUGUCUGGCAGAAGAGCUCCCACACAUCCAUGCCUUUGAGCAGAAAACCCUGACCCCAGAGCAGUGGACCCGGGAGCGUCCCAAACGAGGAACCCCUGCACAGCCAUAAAAGUAUAAACC